AUGUUAGGUCGGAGCCGACAAGCUGCACAGAGCGGGCCCGACGAAGGCGAGGCUCGUCAACCGCUCUUGGAUGACGGCGAACACGACAAUGUGAUCUUCAACGUCGGCGACGAUGAGGACUCGGACGGGGCGCGAACUCCGGAUCGUGACCUCCUACACGAGGAGCAUUCGAAGCGGAACGGACAUGUUCGCUUUCAGGAGGAAGUCCAGGUCAUAGCACCUCCACUCCGUUCAACUCUUACUAGUCGAGAAAUAGAAUACGAGCAGGACUCCGACGUACUCAAUGACCAUGACCUGGAGCAGCUCGAAGCAACACCUGGUUCCCAUCGCCAGGGCCGACGCGGAGAACAGGCCAUGCCUCUCCUCGUAGGCUUACUGGACACGGCCACAGUGCGCCGCUCGCUGGACGGGUCGUUGUCUGUCAACGGUACGGGGAAUGGGCCAGCCACGGAAGGAUUAGAGGGCGUAGACCUAGACGAGUUGGCAGCGAAGAGGACGGCAGGCGGCGGAUUGCUGGAAUCCGUGGCAAAUAUGGCCAACUCAAUCCUUGGGGCAGGCUUGCCCUAUGCGUUAGCCCAGGCGGGAUUCUUCACCGGAUUGUUCUUGCUCGUGGUGCUCUGCGGCGUGACCGACUGGACCAUCCGGCUCAUCGUGCUCAAUGCCAAGCUGAGCGGCAGAAACUCGUAUAUCGGUAUCAUGGAUGCAUGCUUCGGUCCCAGCGGUCGUGCCGCGGUUUCCUUUUUCCAGUUCGCCUUCGCGUUCGGGGGAAUGUGCGCGUUUGGUAUCAUCAUCGGCGACACUAUUCCUGCGGUUAUCCGCUUCAUAUUCCCGACCCUGUCCACUAUUCCUGUGCUCUCCCUCCUCACAAACCGCCAAUUUGUCAUUGCUCUUUGCACUAUUUGCGUCUCAUACCCUUUGUCCCUGCAUCGCUCGAUUGACAAAUUAGCGCGAGCAUCCGGAUUCGCGCUAAUCGGCAUGCUCGUCAUCGUCUUCUCCAUCCUCAUUGAGGCUCCUCGCACCCCACCGGAGCUACACGGCGACCCAGCACGACGCUUCUCGCUCGUAGGGCCUGGUGUAUUCCAGGCCGUGGGCGUAAUGAGCUUCGCCUUCGUCUGCCAUCAUAAUUCCCUACUGAUCUAUGGCGCUCUCAAGACCCCCACCAUGGAUCGUUUCAAGACCGUCACGCAUAUAUCGACAGGGAUCAGUCUCGCGGCAUGCGUGACUCUCUCGUUGUCCGGCUAUUUGGUCUUCACAGAUAAAACACAAGGCAAUAUUCUCAACAACUUCGCGAAGGACGAUACCCUAAUCAACGUCGCGAGAUUCUGCUUCGGCAUGAACAUGUUCACCACCUUGCCACUGGAACUGUUUGUUUGCAGAGAGGUCAUCGAACAAUACUUCUUUUCGCACGAAGUCUUCAGCCCGCAGCGACAUCUAUUCUUCACCACCGCCAUCGUCGUGUCAUCGAUGUUUUUGGCGCUCAUCACCUGCGAUUUGGGCGUCAUGCUCGAAAUAACGGGAGGCGUGUCCGCAACCGCCCUAGCCUUCAUCUUCCCCGCAGCUUGCUACAUCCAGCUGGCCAACCCAGGCGAACGAUGGACGAGUCGCAAGAAGCUGCCCGCCGUACUCUGCGUCGCGUUCGGCAGCAUCGUCUUGGUGAUGUCGCUCUUCAUCGCCCUUGGAAAGGCAUGGACACCUGCUGGCAGUGCCAGAAUCUGCGCAUGA